GUAACACUUCAUCUGAUGAUUCUGAUGGUACCCAAAAUGGUUUCCACACUGUUCCUUCUGGUAAAGAAGAUAUCCGUAACAAAAAUGACGAUGUUGGUCUUGAAACUGAAGCACAAGACGACAAAAAUUCCAACAGUAACCAAAAUUGUGUUGGCGAUGAUGAUGAAAAUGCUCAAACUGAAAACGAGAAUGUAUCACGAAACUCAUUCAAAGACUCGAGUACUAUCCAGGAACGUUCUUCAAAACUUUUGAAUAUGAUCAAUGUCAAUUCUCCUUUACCUCAUAAUUUUUUCUUCAAGAGGCGGACUGCUGGUAGCACAUCUUCGCCAUCUGGCGGAAGGAUAAGAAAACUUAUGUUCAACUUCUUUCAAAAGCAGACUGUUGAUUUGGCCGAAGAGAUAAGCGAGGAUGAUAUCUUAACAUUCUCUAGAGAAAUCCCUAGUCCACUGGCUGUUCCUAAGAGCAGUAUAUUGAAGAGGAAGUUAUCAGAUACUGAUGAUGGCAUAUCGCCUUGUGCCAAGAGAAAGAGAGUGAACUUCAGCGAUCCUUGUCUCACAUCGAAAAAGUUGUUCAUCAAAGAUGAUUUUCAUCCCAGCUUGGAGGCAAAACGCCUUUUUGAUCCCGUUCCUGAUACAAAAUCGAACGAAAAUAUUAAAGACAUUUUUGACAUCCCAGAUGAUAGUAGUUCUGAUCAGUUGUCAGAAACAGAAAAUAUUGAAACCGAACCUAGUCUCGACAUGCUCAAUCCGAUGAUUUUGCACAAAGAUAGGCCCAUCUACCCCAAGUUGAUAGACUGCAAGGAUGAUGUACUUGUCAUUCUGAAGAGAGUGACCAGUCCUAUGUUCAUACCCACAUUAACUAACAAACUGAAGAAUAAGAAUAUAAGAACGGUGGGAGAAUUGGCACAGCAAAGUGAAGCAGAAAUUAACAGGUUCCCAUUCAAGGUGCCAGUGGUGGCAAAUGUUUACAAAGCACUAGACAAUUACUACAAAAAGAAAGGAGGUGUGGUGCAUGGAGAGUCUGGAGCCGAUCGAAAAGUUAAUGGUAUCAAGGAAUCUCAUAAGAAGGUUGUUGCCGAAGUUUCAAGCACAAUUAUUCCGAAAUUGGAUGUUGCCUCAGAGAUGAAGAUUUUGAUGCAGAGGGCAGCCAAAGAGAACUACCCAUUAGAAGAUCUAGCAAAUAUUGUAGUCAGUUCAUUGGACAAACAAAAAGUGAUAUCGUUGGUAAAGGGACAUCAGUCUUCAAUAUGUGUAACAGACUUUCUGGAAGAAUCUGAUCAUAAUUCAGUCUUGAAGCAUAUAUCCGAUCGAACAACCAUAUCCGAUGUUCUAAAUAGGAUCUGUGACAGUCGUUCUACAGAUGAAGCUGAAGAGUUUUUGGAUGGGAUUGCAAAUUAUGCCUCAUCAACAGUACCUUUGGAGAAAUUGUUAAGAGGACAAAAUGUGGAAAAACUUAUUGAAGUAGGAAUCCAACAGAAGAAUUCCACUGAGGAAGAAGUUAUUACAAAAUGUCUUUUACCUCUCAUCAAAAACCCUAGUGAUAUUUCCCCCUACUUGAAAUCAUUGUCGAUGGCUGAUUUUGCCGAUAUUGUUACCAAUAGGUUGGAUACAGAAAAUCUUGGAGAAUUUUUGAGUAGGAUAAAAGAAUCAUAUCCAGAAACUUUUUCCAAAGCUGUUUGUGAUAAUUGUCUAGUUUCGCCGGGAGACAUCACUACUUCUUUCAAAAGUGCUCUAGAAUUGUUUACUGGUGACCAGAAAAUCCAAAUGAUAGACAUGUUCAGGUUGAUUAGUGAGAACUUAGAUGUAAGCACUUUACUGAAUCUGCACGUGGAGUUCCUGAAAAGGAUACCCACUGCAUUAGAGGGUCAAGAAAAAUAAGUUUUUGUAUCGAUUUUUUAUAUAUUCUUUAUAUUUUUAAUUCUCAAAGACUGCAUUUGUAUUUUGUAUAUAUAUGAUCAUUAUAUCAGUAGAGUA